AUGGCACAGAUCGAGGAGUACUUUUCUGUUCAGAUAUUCUUUAUCAUUCUCAGAGAGACUCUUGAAACAGCUAUCAUCAUCUCGGUGUUGCUAUCCUUCAUCAACCAACGUUCGCACAAGCAUGGCUCCCAGUCUCAGAACAUAGCAGUAUCAUCGUCAUCACCAUCGACAUCAUCACCUGGUUCAGUGGACCCCGCCGAUGAGCCACUACCUUCGAGUUCAACCACUGUCACCCCGGGACAGACAUCCCAUUUGGAGAAAGUGCAUCGUAAGCUUAAACUUCAAGUAUGGGUGGGCGCCCUUCUUGGGCUUUUCAUUUGUUUUGUCAUCGGGAUGGUAUUUACGUUGAUGUUUUAUUUUGUGGGACAGGACUACUGGGCAUACACGGAACGAGUAUGGGAAGGUGUGUUCUGCAUAUUGUCAAGUGUGAUCAUCACUGUGAUGGGGAUUGGGCUUUUGAGAAUCAACAAAGUUAUGAAGAUCAAAUGGUGGAUCAAGUUGGGAGAUGCGUACAAUAAUGAAGAAUACGCAGAAGACGAAGAGGCAGAAGGCGAGGAAGAGAUUGCCAAGUUAGGAGACGACGAUGUGAUGUAUGAGGAUAGUAUGGCUAAUUAUGGAGGCACCAGGUCGAGCUCAGAGUCAAACACCGUGGAGGAGAACAUCCCAUUAACCGGUACGCCUGCUACUCCUGCAACAGCUAGAACCACAACCACAAAGAAGAACACACCAAGGAAACAGGGGUUCACCAAGAAAUACUACCUUGCUAUUUUACCAUUGGUCACCACAUUGAGAGAAGGGUUAGAAGCGGUUGUGUUCAUUGGUGGCUCAGCCAUGACGUCCACGGUAUUUUCGAUCAUUGUGUCUGUUGUCUGCGGAAUUGCAUUUGGUUCCUUGAUUGGGUACUUGCUUUACCAAGGGGGGAACAAACUCUCCCUUCAGUAUUUUCUUAUUUGCUCAACAUGUUUUCUUUACAUGGUCAGCGCUGGGUUGAUCAGUCGUGGUGUCUGGUUUAUGGAGCUUGAAAGAUAUGUCCGUGCAUGUGGGGGCAUGGACGUUAGUGAAACGGGAAGUGGGCCAGGUUCAUAUGAUAUCGCAACCAGUGUGUGGCAUGUCAACUGUUGUAACGGACUAACUGACGGUUGGUGGAUGGUGUUGAACGCAAUUGUCGGCUGGACCAAUUCGGCUACAUAUGGCAGUGUGAUUAGUUAUAUGGCAUACUGGUUGUUGGUAAUUGUGUGGUUGAAAGUUAAGUUGUAUGAAGAGAGGGAAGGUGUGUUGCCUUGGAUUCCCGUAAGAUGGCAACUCAAGAGAAUUAGAAAGAAGAUUAGAUUGUAUGAAUUGAGGACCCGUCAGCAAGAGCAACAGGAGCAACAGAGAGGUGGUAGUGGUAGUGGUAAUGAAUUGCCAGAAUCGCAAGGAUUGUUGCAACAGGAUUGA